CUAUCGGUCAAAUGUCUCCAUUACGCAUCGUGUUGACAGUACUGUGUUCAUUUUCUUAUUCUUGUUGAUUUUGAAGUGAUUUUGAAAGACAGAAGGCGCAUAUAAUAAUUAAACAAUUAGGUUGGAGACAUAAACAUGGCUGCUAGAGCUAAACGUUCGUUACCCCAAGAAGACCUGUCAGGAGUAGAGUUUGAAACUAGUGAAGAUGUUGAAGUUAUACCCACUUUUGACUCAAUGGGUCUUCGUGAAGAACUUCUCAGAGGUAUAUAUGCUUACGGCUUUGAGAAACCAUCAGCUAUUCAGCAAAGAUCAAUUCAACCAAUAGUCAGAGGUCGAGAUGUAAUCGCUCAAGCUCAAUCUGGUACUGGUAAAACUGCAACAUUUUCCAUAUCUAUACUUCAGUCUAUGGAUAUAACAGUAAGAGAAACACAAGUGUUAGUGCUAUCUCCGACAAGAGAAUUGGCUACACAAAUUCAGAAAGUCAUUCUCGCUUUAGGUGAUUUUAUGAAUGUCCAGUGUCAUGCUUGUAUUGGAGGUACAAAUCUAGGUGAAGAUAUAAGAAAAUUAGAUUAUGGUCAGCAUGUAGUAAGUGGCACACCAGGCAGGGUGUUUGAUAUGAUACAGAGAAGAGUUUUAAGAACUCGUUCAAUUAAGAUGUUAGUUCUUGAUGAAGCAGAUGAAAUGCUUAAUAAAGGAUUUAAAGAACAAAUUUAUGAUGUAUACAGAUAUCUCCCACCAGCUACACAGGUGGUUUUAAUUUCAGCCACACUUCCACAUGAAAUUUUAGAAAUGACAAGCAAAUUUAUGACUGACCCAAUCAGAAUUAUUGUAAAGCGUGAUGAAUUGACAUUAGAGGGAAUAAAACAGUUUUUCGUAGCAGUAGAACGUGAGGAAUGGAAAUUUGAUACACUUUGCGAUUUGUACGACACAUUAACCAUAGCACAAGCAGUUAUUUUCUGCAAUACAAAACGUAAGGUAGACUGGCUCACUGAGAAGAUGAGAGAAGCAAAUUUCACAGUAUCCUCAAUGCAUGGUGACAUGCCUCAAAAAGAAAGAGAUAAUAUUAUGAAAGAAUUUAGAUCCGGUCAAAGUCGAGUACUUAUCACUACUGAUGUCUGGGCGCGUGGUAUUGAUGUGCAACUUGUUUCUUUAGUUAUUAACUAUGAUUUACCAAACAACCGUGAGUUAUAUAUCCAUAGGAUAGGUCGAUCAGGUAGAUUUGGAAGGAAAGGUGUGGCAAUAAAUUUUGUUAAAUCCGAUGAUAUCAGAAUUUUAAGAGAUAUUGAACAAUAUUAUUCAACACAAAUUGAUGAAAUGCCUAUGAAUGUGGCAGAUUUGAUUUAAGUUUAGUCUAAUUUAAAUGGAAAAGUGAAAUUUUAUUUCUAAUUGAACUAUAAAUUUUACAUCUUAUUAUUUGAAGCAAUACUACUAAUGGGCUUUAUUUGAA